AUGGUUGCUCUCAAGUCCCUUUUCGCCGCCGCCAUGGCUCUUCUGCCAGCGGCCAGCGCCACCCGCACCUUUUACAACGACGGUCACCUCAACGGCUUUGACUUUGUUCGCCACGAAGCUCAGGGCACCGUCUCUGAAGUUUCCAACGUCGUCUACAAGGGCACCUCGGCCCUCAAGAUGACCCAGACCUACCUUGGAACCUCGUACCACGACCGCUACCACUCCGAGGUCGACCACAACCAAGGCUACAAGCGCGGCGAUGAGCUCUUCUACGGCUUCACGUUCCGCCUCUCCGACACGUGGGAGACCUCCAGCCAGUCCUACAACCUUGCCCAGUUCAUUGCCAACCGUCCCGGCGCUGGCUGCGGCGGCGAUGACUGGAUGCCCUCCACCAUGAUCUGGACCCAGAACGGCCAGCUGUACGCUCGCUACGUCAACGGCCACUACCGCCAGCCCAACUGCGGCCGCAACAUUGUCACUCGUCCCAACCUGGGCGCCAUCACCCCCGGCCAGUGGCACAAGGUCAUCCUCCAGGUCAAGUGGGCAUCCGAUGGCACCGGCUACUUCAAGGUCUGGUUCGACGGCGCCAAGGUGCACGAGGAGUACGACAUCUCCACCACUCUCGACGACGACAGCCUCUUCCAGUUCCGCAUCGGUCUCUAUGCCAACAGCUGGCACGACGACAACAAGAUGGUUGGUAGCCAGAGCUUCCGCCAGGUCUGGUACGAUGAGGUUGCCGUUGGCACUACCUUUGCCGAUGUUGACCCUGACCACGUCGCCUAA